UGGGAGGGAGGGGGAACCAAUCCUAUCCCACCUCACAUUUAGUUACUCCCGCUCAUCCCAAGUAGCGCGACCGCAGUGCUCUACUGAGCAAUUUUAUCAGUAGCUGAGCUGAGCCAUGAAUUCUUUCAAGGACAAGAUCAACUCCUUCAAAGGCUACGACAGGGUGACCGCCGAGCAGGAGAGGCUCCAAUACCGAAAAAAGGCCAGGAAACGGUUCGCCAUCAUCGCUAUCUCCUCCCUUCUCCUCAUCAUCAUCAUCGUCGCUGCCGUCGUCGGCACCGCCGCCUCCAGGAAGAAGGAUUCCUCCUCAUCGACCAGCAGCAACAUGAUGAGCCAGACCGACGCCAUCAAGGCCGUCUGCUCCGUCACCCAGGACCCCUCUACCUGCUUCACCAGCCUCUCCCUCGCCGCCGAUCCGGGAACCGUAGAUCCGAAGCAGCUCUUCCAGCUCUCCAUGAAGAUCGCCCUCCGGGAGCUCUCCAACGUCUCCGCCCUUCCCGGACUGCUAGCCGCCAAGGAAAACAACACGAUGAUCAAGAAGGUGCUGGAGGACUGCCAGGAGACGAUCGACACCGCCAUUGAUCUGCUCAACAGCUCCAUCACGGCCACCCAAAAGAAUGCAGGUGGGGACAUCCCGUCGCAGGACAAAGUCGAUGACCUCAAGACUUGGCUCAGCUCAGUGCUGACCAACAUGGAGACGUGCUUGGAUGGGUUCGACGAACUCACCAGCGCGUCCAAGGAAAAGGAAAUGAUGCAGUUGGCGUUGCGGAACUCGACGCUCCUGACCAGCAACAGCCUCGCCAUUGCCAACAAAAUCAUCACAAUCCUGCAGCACUUCAACAUUCCACUCCACCGCCGGCUUCUCGGCUUUCCCAGUAAGCCAUCAUCGGACGGGGCAACCGGAUUUCCAGCAUGGGUGUCGUCAAAGGACCGGAAGCUGCUACAGGACAACUCCUCCACUAUUAGUUUUGAUAUUGUGGUCGCUCAGGACGGGACUGGGAACGAGAGGUCGAUCGCUGAGGCCAUCAACAAGGUGCCUUUGCAAAGCACCAAGAGGUUCGUCAUACGUGUGAAAGCUGGAAAGUACAUCGAGAACGUCGUGAUUGACAAGAAAAGGCAGAACGUCAUGCUCAUCGGAGACGGCAUGGGCGCCACCAUCAUCUCCGGCAGUCUCAGCUUCGGGGGCGGGAGUACGACAUUCAGAAGUGCAACCUUCGCGGUCACGGGGAGCGGGUUCAUGGCCAAAGACAUUGGGUUCGAAAACACGGCGGGUCCAGAAAAACACCAGGCGGUGGCGGUCCGCGUAGGGUCGGACCAUGCGGUGUUCUACAAUUGCAGAUUCGACGGCUACCAAGACACUCUUUACGCACACUCGAACCGACAGUUCUACAGGGGAUGCACCAUCUCCGGCACCAUUGACUUCAUCUUUGGGAACGCGGCCGUCGUAUUCCAGAGCUGCAAUAUCCUGGUGAGGCAGCCCAUGACCAACCAGCAGAACACGGUGACGGCUCAAGGGAGGACCGAUUGCGGCCAGAACACCGGAAUAUCGGUGCUCGGGUGCCAGAUCGCGGCGGAUAAGACUGUCACGGCACCCACAUAUCUGGGGAGGCCAUGGAAGCCAUGUGCGGUGACUGUGAUCAUGAAGACAGAGAUUGGAGGGCUUGUAAGCCCGGCUGGGUGGUUGGAGUGGGUGCCAAAGACGCCGCCGGCGGCUACCAUAUUCUACGGAGAAUAUCAAAACACGGGGGCAGGGGCGGGAAUAGGGCAGAGGGUGAAUUGGACAGGGUACUACCCAGCUAUCGACGACGCCAUGGCAGAGAAGUACACGGUGGGUUCCUUCAUCCAAGGUGGAGAGUGGCUGUCCGACACUGGAGUUCAGUUCACGUUGGGCUUGUGACCUUCUCAAAACCAGCGCCUUCCAUCUUCCACCACAACACGAGGCGGGGUUGUUGGCCCUUGGCAUUGCGAAUAGUAUUAUAUCUCUAUCAAUUUAGCUGGUUAGCCACACAAUUGCUUCCCGUUUGCCACCUCUUCUUCUUGCUUUCUCUCUCUUUUACACAUUUCUUCAUUGUUUCUUGACAAGGGUGGGGUAAACUUGUGUGCAUAAUAGGGACUUUGCCCUAAGCAUGGGAAUUUGUCAAAAAAUAUUUGUGAUAUUUGUGCGUUCUUCUUUCUCAAUACAUGAUCAUCAAUUGGAAAAUCAA